AUGGGUGUUUCUGUGUUACGCUGUGCAAGACUUCUAAGGAUAUUUAAAUUGACUCAGUACUGGGAAAGUUUGCGAAGCUUAGUAGGGAAAUUAUUAAAAUCUGUUCGAUCAGUUGCUAGUCUACUACUUCUAUUAUCUAUAUUCAUUCUUAUUUGCUCUUUACUUGGUAUGCAAUUAUUCGGUGGUCGAUUCAAUUUUAUAGCACAUGAAAAACCUCGUGCUAAUUUUGAUGGAAUUUUGCAAGCUAUGCUUACUGUAUUUCAGAUACUUACUGGUGAAGAUUGGAAUGAAGUUAUGUAUCAUGGAAUGAGAGCAUAUGAAAAUAGUCCUUGGUAUGGAGUUGUAGUUAUCUACUUCAUAUUUCUUUUCAUAUGUGGCAAUUAUAUUUUAUUGAACGUGUUCUUGGCUAUUGCUGUCGAUAAUUUAAACGAAGAUGAAGAUGAAGAGGAAGAAGGAAAUGGUGAUGCACUAAAAAGGCAAAAUGACACACCAGAACUUACAGAGACUGUUGAACAAAAUGCACCACCUCCAGAACAGCGAGAAAAUGAAUUAAAUUCAGUAAUGAAAAUUAAACAAUAUGAAAGAACAGAUAAUGAAGAUCAAACAUAUGAAGAAAUGUUUGCUGAAGAUGAAGAUGUUGAGGAAGAAGGAGAUUUAAAUGGUAAAGAUGGAGACGAUCAGAAAGACAUGUCACCACAAGAUAGUCGAACAAUGCCACCUCAUUCAGCAUUCUUUAUAUUUGCUGAUACGAACAAAUUUCGUAUAUUUUGUCAUAAUGUGGUCUGUUUCUCCCAUUUUGGAAAUAUUGUAUUGGUUUGUAUUUUGGUAAGCAGUAUUUUACUUGCUGCCGAAGAUCCAUUACAUGCAAACUCUCCAAGAAAUCGAAUUCUGAACAUGUUUGAUUACUUUUUCACUAGUGUUUUCACUGUGGAAAUCACUUUGAAAAUGAUUUCUUAUGGAUUUGUACUUCAUGAAGGAGCAUUUUGUCGUAGUGUAUUCAAUUUACUUGAUCUUAUUGUUGUCUGCGUAGCAUUAGUUUCAUUCGUGUUACAGAAUCAAACAAUUUCUGCAGUAAAAAUCUUAAGAGUUCUUCGGGUGCUUCGACCUUUAAGAGCCAUUAAUCGAGCCAAAGGGUUAAAACAUGUUGUCCAGUGUAUGAUUAUUGCCAUUAAAAGUAUUGGUAACAUCGUACUCGUCACAUUCUUAUUAGAAUUCAUGUUUGCAGUUAUUGGUGUACAGUUAUUCAAGGGUAAAUUUUACUCAUGUACAGAUAUAUCAAAACAUGUUGAAGAAGAUUGCAAAGGUCAAUUUAUUGAAUAUAAAGAUAUGAGUUUAGACGAUCCUAUUCUUAGUGAAAGAGAAUGGAAAAAUGCUGAUUUCAAUUUUGAUAAUGUUCCAAAUGCUUUAUUAACUCUAUUUGCUGUUUCUACUUUUGAAGGUUGGCCAAGUUUAUUAUACCGAUCUAUUGAUUCGAACGCAGAAGAUCAUGGACCAAUAACAAAUUAUAGACCAAUAGUCGCAUUUUUCUACAUUACAUUUAUUAUUCUCAUUCCAUUCUUCAUGAUUAAUAUAUUCGUUGGUUUCGUUAUUGUGACAUUUCAAAAAGAAGGUGAAGCAGAAUAUAAAAAUUGUGAAUUAAAUAAAAAUCAACGUAAAUGUAUAGAAUAUGCCUUGAAAGCUAGACCACGUCGACGUUACAUUCCUAAAGGGCAUUUACAGUUUAAGAUUUGGUCUGUAGUUGUAUCAAAAAGGUUUGAAAUAUUAAUCUUCAUAUUCAUAUUUAUAAACACUGUGGCAUUGAUGUUGAAAUAUGAUAAACAAGGUAAACUUGAAGCAAGAAUAUUAGAUUCAUUCAAUUAUUUUUUUACUGCUGUAUUUACAGUAGAAUUUAUACUUCGUUUAUCAGCAUUCAGCUUUCGGCAUUAUUUUAGUGAUAUUUGGAAUGUGAUCGAUUUUGUCUUGGUCCUUGGUAGUUAUAUAGAUAUCAUUGUGACACAGUCUGAUAUAAGUCAGGUCAAAUUCAGUGUAAAUUUUUUCCGUCUAUUUCGUGUUAUGAGAUUGAUUAAAUUGUUAAGCAAAGAAGAAUCUAUACGUCAAUUAUUGUGGACAUUUAUCAAAUCUAUACAAGCAUUACCAUACGUUGCAUUAUUAAUUGCAAUGAUAUUUUUCAUUUAUGCCGUAAUUGAAUUUUUCUAUGCUCUUUUAGUAUUAUUUCGAUGUGCAACUGGUGAAUCAUGGCAGGAUAUAAUGAUGGCAUGUAGAGAAGGUCAAAAGUGUUCAAAAGAUUCUGAUGAAACAGAAGUCAAUGGAUGUGGAUCAAAAUUAGCCUAUGCCUACUUUAUUAGUUUUCAUGCAAUCAGUGCAUUUUUAGUUAUCAAUCUGUUUGUAGCUGUUAUAAUGGAUAACUUUGACUAUCUUACACGUGAUUGGUCAAUUCUCGGACCACACCAUCUGGAUGAAUUUAUAACAAAAUGGGCAGAUUAUGAUCCAGAAGCAAAAGGAAGGGUUCGACAUCUGGAUGUUGUUACUAUGCUUGGAAAAAUAAGUCCACCACUUGGUUUUGGCAGUAUGUGCCCACAUACCAGAGCAUGUCAUAAACUGGUCAGAAUGAAUAUGCCUCUGAAUAGUGAUGGAACUGUAUUUUUCAAUGCGACUCUUUUUGCUUUAGUGCGUAGAAAUCUCAAAAUUAAAAUUCCUGGAGCUGAAAUUGGCGAAAAAGAAAAAUCGUUAGAUCAAUUGAAUGAAGAAUUACGUAUAGUGAUUAAACGUAUCUGGAAACGUACUAGUCCGAAAUUAUUAGAUCAAAUCAUACCACCGAAAGGUAGUGAUGUUGUCACAGUAGGCAAAUUCUAUGCCACAUUUCUUAUUCAAAAUUGGUUUCGUGAAUGGCAGAAACGUAAAAUGAUACAAAAAGAUACACGAUAUAUUCCACAAAUAAUGGCCGGUGACCGUGCAAUGCCACAUCAACCUACAAUAAUUGGAUUUCCCAGGCGUUGUUCUUCAGAUCUCACUGGUGAUGAGAUUCAGCGCAGACGUGGCGUGGAUAAGCGUGAUACAUCAGGUGGAAUUUUCGGACGAACUUUAAGUGAAUGGACUAGACGUAGAAGUAGUAAACGUCCGUCGGGUCGUCGAGACAUUAAUACUCAGCAAGUUAACGGAAUGUAUGAUAUUGCAGGAAAUAAUUUAAAGAAUGGAAUGGGAAUAUGGAAUGACAUGUUUUUAAAUGCACAAGCAGGUAAAACUGCUCACCCGGCUGUUGUUGCACUUAUGGAAAAAGAGAGAAAAGAUGCUGAAGCUAGCAUGCCAUUAAUUAUAUCAUCAUCUAUUCAAAAGAAAUUAAAACAUUCAAAUAGUAAAUCACUUGUACACAAUCAAUCCUAUAAUAAAUCAACAAAUCAUUAUUUACAAUCUAUUCAUAAUACUCAUCAUAAUACAAUGAAUUCAUUAAACAAAAAUAAAUAUAUUCUAAAAAAGCGAAUUCAUUCAAAUCAUUCUCUAUUUGAUGAUGAUGAUGAUAAUAAACAUAGACCAUUGAAAAAAAUUAUUUUAAAGCCUAAAUAUCAAUUAUAUCAAAAGAAAUUAAACAAAAUUCUACAAAUCCAAAAUUAUCAUUCUGUCAACAUUCAAUAA